AUGACAACUAUUUUGUCACCCAUUAAAGUGGGAAACUUAAGAUUACAACAUCGAGUUGUGUUGGCACCUCUUACAAGAUUAAGAGCUACAGUAACAGGAGUUCCUACUGAUUUGCAAGUGGAAUAUUAUUCGCAAAGAAGUUCUACAGGUGGCUUAUUACUUACCGAAUGCACUGCUAUAAGCCCUACAGCAAGAGGAUAUCCAUAUGGUCCUGGCAUCUAUAGCAAAGAGCAGAUUGAUGGUUGGAAGAAAGUGACAGAUGCGGUUCACCAAAAGGGUGGCUCUAUCUAUUUACAAUUAUGGCACAGUGGACGUACAGGAAAACGAGAUCUUAACUCUAACAAAGAACAAGUUGUUUCAGCAUCAGCUAUUGCUGCCACAGGAACUGGUAUUUUAGGAGAAGGCUUUGAAAUGCCUAGAUCUUUAGAAACUUCUGAGAUUGAUGGCAUCGUUGAUGACUUUGCACAAGCAGCAGUCAAUGCCGUUGAGAAAGCUGGAUUUGAUGGCAUUGAAAUACAUUCUGCAUUUGGAUAUUUGUUGGACCAGUUUAUCAACACCUCUAGUAAUCAUCGUGCAGAUAAGUAUGGUGGUCCAAUCGAAAAUAGGUGUCGAUUUACCCUUCAGGUUGUCAAAGCAGUGGCAGGUGCCGUAGGUGCUGAAAGAACGGGUAUUCGAGUAUCCCCAGGUGGUGGAGCUUUUCAUGAUGCCACAGAAGAGUUUCCUAUCAAGACUUGUAGCUACUUGUUAUCUCAAUUACAACAGAAUUGGCCGAAUAUGGCAUAUGUUCAUUUUAUGGAAAGAAGACAAGACGAUGAACUGGAUAAGGAUCUUGCAGCUCCUUAUAGGUCUAUCUGGAAAGGCCCUAUCAUAUCAAGUGGCUUUUCUUCUUCAUCGUCAAUAAGCCAUGCUAUCGACUAUUCUGAGAGAACAGGAGACUUGAUUGCGUUUGGAAGACUCUUUAUUUCAAAUCCUGAUCUUCUUAAUCGAAUUAGACACAACCAACCCCUUUCUCCUUUUGAUUAUUCCACUUUCUAUAAUCAUGAAGCCAAAGGCUAUACAGAUUAUCCUGCUUUUAAAGAAUAA